AUGAAGCUUUGCAAUGAAACUGUAAACUCACUUGAUGAGACCAGCAAUAACUUGUUUAAAAUCCGGAACAGUUGUAAGGGUAUUACUAACCAUCUGGAGAACUUUCUUAAAGCACAAGCGUCAAAUCAACCCUCUGACAAGCAGUUGAACAGCAUUCGGACUUGUGCAAUUCGAUGCAAGGAAAAAGCAGAUUCAGUGGAACAGAAGCUCUUCAGUCUGAGUGGUCUUUACAAUGAGCUCCUGGUGAGGUGUGCAGAUUCCCAGAUUGCCAGUCAGGAUAAACUGAAAGAAAUAAGGGAACUCCUGGGAAAAGCCAGUGAAAGGAAUAAGGCAAUAAAGAAAGCAGAGAGUGAGUUAGACAAUGAAUGGAGUCAGGUUUCCCAAGGACGUGAGGAAGUCCUCAAUAAAUAUGCAGAUCUCGCAGUGGAGCUGGGGAAAGCGUUAGUGUUUCUCACAAAACUGAUAGCUGAUCUCAACCGCAAAGAAUCUUCAGAAUCAAACUUGGAAAUCAGUAAGUUCCUCAGCAUGGUUCGAGAACAGGCAGAACAGAAGAUCAAAGAAGUAAAACACAAGCUGGAGGAGUCACAAAAUGAGUAUAAAGAUUGUUAUCAAAAGAUGAAAUGUUUGGAUGCAGAGAGUGAGCAAUUAUCAAGAGCGAUACAGGACACUCAGUCCCAGGAGGAAGCUGUCAAGACCAACUUACAGCUGAUGGUUGAAGGCCUGGAGGUACUUGGGAACAUCCAAUCCAACUGGUCAGAUAUGAUCAAAUUCAUUCAAUACGUCCCCAAGUUAACUGAAAGUUUCCUAAAGACAUUUGCCAAGUUUGGCAGUAAGGCUGAAGGAAUUCCAAAGUGUGCUCCAGAGAUUUUAGCCAGCAAUCAGAUCCAAGUGUCCCAGGCAGUCAGCAUCAUGAACAUCAUUGAGAAAGUGUCUGAAACCUACGUGCAGAUUUAUGAGGAUUACCUUCAAACUNCGCUGCGUGACCUGAGCUCAUUGCUGGGUGGACAGGGCUCAGACAACAAGUUUAAUGAUAUUCAGAGAAAAUGUGAAACAGCAAAAGAGAAAAUACGUGUUAGGGUCACUCAGAAACAAGAAGCAUUUACCAAGGAUGGAACUGAAGCUAUUAAAAACCUCUCUGAUUUGCUGAAAUAAGGAAAUCAAUCUCAGAAAUAGGAGCGGGAGUCAGUCAUCCUCCCCAAUCCCAGAUCCUGCUGCACCAAUCAAUGUGCUGAUCUUCUGCCUUUGUUCAUUGACCUGUCUGUUCCACUGAUUUUCUGGUGAAGGGUCUAGGCCUGAAACGUCAGCCUUCCUGCUCCUAUGAUGCUGCUUGGCCUGCUGUGUUCAUCCAGCUCUACACCUUGUUAUCUCAGAUUCUCCAGCGUCGGCAGUUCCUACUAUCUCUGUCACACUGAGGAGACACUUUAUCUGUGGUUGUGACACCUUCUGCAAAGAUGGAGACCAGAACUGCACACAGUACUCCAGGUGUGGGGGUCACAAAAGCCCUCUGUAAUUGGAGCAAGACAUCUGUACUCAUGUACUGCAAUCCCAUUGCAAUAAAGGCCACCAUGCCUGUGCCUUCCUCAUUCAUCGCUGCCUCCCUGAUGACAUUACAUUAAGAGCACACCCAGAUCCCUUUCAAUAUGAACAUUUACAACAUUCACACAUUUUAAACAAAUUAUUCUGCUUCACUGUUUUCAAAGCUCCUUCAUCUGUCACAUCCUUGCCUAUUCACUAACUUGUACAUAUCUCCUUGUAGCCUCUCUGCCUUCAUAACGUAUAAUCCCUCCUGGUUUAAUAAGUACCAAUUUUGCAUUUGUUUUUACAAAAGAAUUUACAUUUAUAUAGUGCCUUUCAAAACUACAAAUCUUCCCAAAAUACAUUCCAACCAAUUAAGGUGUAUGUAUGAAGCUUUCAGACCAGGGGAAUUUCAAAGAAUGCGAGGUGAUGUCCUUGAAAUGUUUCCAGGCCUGAGGAGUUCUUGACAGGGUAGAUGCUGGAAAGAUGUUUCCUAUCCUGAAGGAGUAUAGAAAUUGGGGAACUGAUUAACAAGAAGGGCCUCUGAUUUGGGACAGAGGUGAGGAGGAAUUUCUUCUCUGAUGGUUUUUUGGAAUUCUUCACUCCAGAGAGCAGUACAUCCUGGGUCACUGAAUUGAUUCAAGGCUGAGUUAAGACAGAUUUUGGAUCGAGAAACAAAACAAAUGGCAAGGGGGAGAGACAGGACACAGAAGACAAAUCCAAAAUCAGAUCAAACAUGAUCUUAGGAAAUCAUGAAGUAAGCUCAAAGGACCAAGUGGUCUACUCCGACUCCUAUCUCUUAAGAUGUCGUGAAUUCAGAAGCAAAUUAAAAUGCUGUGAUUUUAAAACCUACCUAAAUGGGCAGACUUUUUACCAUCUCAUUGAAAGUUGGUAUCUGCAACAGUGCAGCACUCCUUCAGCACUGACCCUCUGACAAUGCGGUCCACCCUCAGCACUGACCCUCUGACAAUGCGGUCCACCCUCAGCACUGACCCUCC